AUGAACAUCAGCGUCAACUUCAUUGGAAAUCGCCCUAUCAACUGGGAUCCCCGGGAAGAUCCACCGUCAACGACAGCACGCGGCGAAGCAAUCGUCGCCAGCAAGGACGAUGGCAACAGUCUCACUGAUGAUGACGUUCGAAAAGGCUUCACCGAGUUUCUUACAGCAAAGGGAGAAGAACGUCGGCCUCGCGCAGACGACGAAGAUAUAGAACUGCCAGCGUCUCAAAGACUGGCCCGGACUGCUCUUCUUGGCAUUCUGGCGAAUCCCAGCGUCCGAAUCCCAGAACUCACUGUUGCAUAUAUACGAUUCAUCUUCCAGGUUCAUAACCUGACAGGCACCCUGCAAGACAACAUGCGGCAGUUUUAUGCUGAUAUUUUUGACGUGCUACGUUCACGAAUCGACAGCUGUGCCCGCGGCUGGUUGGAAAAAAGCCAUCAGGCAGGCGAGGUUGUCGACCGUGUGGCGCAGAGACGAGUUCCGACUUGGUACAACAACCGCUGCUUUCUUUCUGGCUCCAUUGACCCCCGGGGAGCGCCCAUCGUCCCCGUGAGGGCGAAACGAGCCGAUUUAUCCGAAACAUGGAGUUAUCUCCGUCACUUUUGGCCCAUGAAGGACAUUGAGGAGCUCGUCGUGGCUGGGGCCGAGAGCAGGAACAUCCUCCCUUUGAAUGCGCAUGCGCAUGUCAUGUGGGACCGGUUCCGGUUCGCGCUGCGACCGAUUCAGCACCCGACAGCGCCACCGGAACGAGGGAUGUAUGUGCAGCUGGUUUGGCUCAACCAGAACGAUGACAACGACGGCACAAACAGCUGCUUUGUCGCAGACGAUUGGAAUCAUGCCAAAUACGGCGGUAUCAGUGACUACCGUCGUGACCAGUGUCCUCCCAUUCGACAUGGAGACGUCUAUGAACUGCUGACAAGCGACCCCGACACGUAUCCUCUCCCCAGCGAGUAUUUUUUACAGCUGCAAUUUGGCGUCCACAAGAUCCUUGCCGGCAUUCGGGCCGCAGGUGCCCUCCGCGAGAUAUUUGGUGGCGAACCACCACAGGAUCCGGGCUUGGACCCCAUCGAGGCAGGCUACGACGUACAUGUGCCUUUGCUCUGGCAGGUCCUUCUGGAAGAUGCCUUGCGUGAAGGCGUUCUCGACGAGGAGCAGGUGGCGCUCUGGAGCAAGGCAUUCAUUCGAGAGCAAAUCCAGAUUGCUCUUGCUUUGGGCAUCGACCUGCCGGAGACGGAGACGCACUCUCCCUAG